CAGCACAAAGUGCUACCAUUUGGCCUAUCUUCUGCCCCCAUGUUGUUGUUGUUGUUUUUUUUUUUUUUUACAAAAUAUCCUCACUUAUGUGAGGGUAUUUUCACUGAACUAUGAGAUAAUUGGUUUCUCAGUGCAACAUCACAGGAUGCUCUUCUUGAGGACAUUAGUUACACAUGUUCCCUCUUUGAGAAGUUAGGACUCUUGAUAUAUAUGAAAGAGUUCCUGCUUCAUCCUACUCAAAUAAUUCACUUCAUAAGAACAGUUCCAGAUGCUCAGGCAGGCAGGGUUUUCUCUCUCACUAACAGAAGUUGGUCCAAUUAAAGAUAUUAUCUCAUCCACCUUGUCUCACAAAAGAGGCUUCUUAAGCUUCAACUUGCUAUAGGCAAAUGUUAAUGUUUUCUCUAGUGCUGAUGGUCAUAAUGGCUUCAGCCGCUUAUGUCACACCAUAUGCUUGAUUCAGGAUGAGAACUCUACAACACUGGCUGGCAACAAAUUUACAGACCAAGUAUGGACAGUAUGCUAAAAAAAGAAAUUCUGGAGGGAAUUGUGUUAUCAUUCACAUGGUGGGCUCAGAGCGCAAAUGCUCUAAAAUGAGUGUUGUUUGAUCCUCCAUCUCCAUCCAUAACGAUCGCAUCAGAUGCUUCCAACAAGGGGUAGGAGCACAUUUUGAUAGUCUAACAGUUCGAACACACUGGAGCUAUGAAGAAAAGAAACUGCAUAUAAAUAUUCUAGAGUUCAGAAUCAUCCAUUUAGCUCUCAAGUCUUUUCUACCUCACAUCUAGGGAAGAGUAGAACAGAUUGCCACAGGUAACUAUAAUAGCAGAUGUAAAGGUAGCCAUCUUACAGCAAAAAAACUUCAGGACCAGACUCCAAAGAGCAACUGCUGAGCUCCAGUUCAUUUGCAAAUUUGACACCAUCAGAUCAGGAUUAAACAAAGACUGUGAAUGGCUAUCCAACUACAGAAGCAGUUUCUCCUCCCUUGGUGUUCACACCUCAACUGCUAGCAGAACACCUCACCCUCCCUGAUUGAACUAACCUCGUUAUCUCCACACUGAUUUAUACCUGCCUCUGGAGAUUUCCAUUACUUGCAUCUGAAGAAGUGAGGUUCUUAGCCACGAAAGCUUAUGCUCCCAAUACUUCUGUUAGUCUCAAAGGUGCCACAGGACCCUCUGUUGCUUUUUACAGAUUCAGACUAACACGGCUACCCCUCUGAUACUUGAGUUCCAGGUAAGUAGCCUUCAUUUGGGUGGUGAAGAUUCCAGGAGUCAGGUGCAUGGAGUUCAAUUCUCUACUCUGCCAAUCUUCCUGAUUGUGGAGGAGCAAGUUGCUUAGGCCUCAGCCUAGACACAGAAAUUGUAUUGGUGCACUCAAAGCAGUACAACUCCCUGCUGCUUCCCACCAUGCACCUAGUUAUAUCUGUGUAAAGCUACUUUAUAUUGAUGUAGUUAUUCUGUAGGGGGAAACAAUCACCUGCAGUAUAGAGCACCUUUAUAUGAGUUAUAAGUGGGCAGAGUAACUGUGCGAUCAACUCAAUAGAAAACUCCUCUCCUUGCUGAGCAUGCGCAGCCUCCCAACCGGCGCAGAUUGUGAUUUUUUUUUUUUUUUUUCCCCCUUCGACUACUCCUCCCUGCAGUGGCGCUGCGCGCUCGGGGCCUGCGCAGCGGGACUCUGGCUGUCGUUUGCACCUCUGUGUAACAUGAGGCUCGUUUCCCAGGGGUGAUGUGAGGGGAGGUUCAUGAACGGUAGCGAAGAACCCAGCUAGCACAGGGAGGGCAGCAUAUGAGACAGGACUGCAGUGACUGGCUAAGGGCUUUUAAGUGGCUCUACGCCGUCCCCAGGCAUCCAGCGGCUCCCUCGGGUUGUGCGACGUCUCCCUUUCCUCCUCCCAUCGAGGUGCGCGCAGCUGCCGAGGCGCUGGGAGGCGGCGGGGAUUUUACCAACCCGCCCAGGGUGCAGAGCGGGGCAGUCCAGGGCUCACAGGGACUCUGCGCUCAGACCCCCAGCGUCUCCUGCACUCGCCGCCUCAGGAGCCUUGCUGAAACUGAAAGGAAUAGAGGAGCCAGUACUUUAAUUUUGCAUGGAGCUUUUGGAAAAUUACUGCAAUGCUGUAAAUCAGAACCUCAGUUAAGUUCGGUAGCUGUAGUGGGAGGGAAGUGGAAGAAUCCAGUGACAGCCACCAGAGUUUUAGAAAAUGCAGAGUUUGAUGCUGUUCUGUAGAAGAGGAUAUAUUUAAACCCACAUUCGUCUGAAGGAUCAGUGUUUAUCCUAAAUAUCACGGUUUAACAUCCCAAAAAGUAUAAGAGGCAGACGUACAAAUGUCUACCACAAGACUAAAGUGUGACAUGUUAUGUUCUUUACCAUAAGGACCCAUAAAAUGAGCUCCAUUACAGACAGAGAUGAUGGUAGUAUUUUUGAUGGUCUGGUGGAAGAAGAUGACAAGGAUAAAGCAAAAAGAGUGUCUAGAAACAAGUCUGAAAAGAAACGUAGAGAUCAGUUUAAUGUUCUCAUCAAAGAGCUUGGUUCCAUGCUUCCGGGUAAUGUUCGGAAGAUGGAUAAAUCCACUGUACUGCAGAAAAGCAUUGACUUUUUACGGAAGCACAAAGAAAUCACUGCACAGUCAGAUGCCAGUGAAAUUCGACAGGACUGGAAACCUACAUUCCUUAGUAACGAAGAGUUCACACAGUUAAUGUUGGAGGCUCUUGAUGGUUUUUUUUUAGCAAUCAUGACAGAUGGAAGUAUAAUAUAUGUGUCUGAAAGUGUAACUCCCUUACUUGAACAUUUGCCAUCUGAUCUUGUGGAUCAGAGUAUAUUUAAUUUUAUCCCAGAGGGGGAACAUUCAGAGGUUUAUAAAAUACUGUCUACUCAUCUGCUGGAAAGUGAUUCAUUGACCCAAGAAUAUUUAAAAUCAAAAAAUCAAUUAGAAUUCUGUUGCCAUAUGCUGCGAGGAACAAUAGACCCGAAAGAACCACCUACAUAUGAAUAUGUAAAGUUUAUAGGAAAUUUCAAGUCUUUGAAUAAUGUCCCCAACUCAGCGCACAACGGUUAUGAAGGAACUAUCCAGCGGCCCCAUCGGCCUUCAUAUGAAGACAGAAUUUGCUUUGUAGCUACAGUUAGGUUAGCUACACCUCAGUUUAUCAAGGAAAUGUGCACUGUUGAAGAACCCAAUGAAGAGUUCACAUCUAGACAUAGCUUAGAAUGGAAGUUCCUAUUCUUGGAUCACAGGGCACCUCCAAUAAUAGGCUAUUUACCAUUCGAAGUUCUGGGGACAUCGGGCUACGAUUACUAUCAUGUAGAUGACCUAGAAAAUCUGGCAAAAUGUCACGAACACUUAAUGCAAUACGGGAAAGGGAAGUCAUGUUAUUACAGGUUCCUGACAAAGGGGCAGCAGUGGAUUUGGCUACAAACACAUUACUAUAUUACUUAUCAUCAGUGGAAUUCCAGGCCAGAGUUUAUUGUCUGUACACACACUGUAGUAAGUUAUGCAGAAGUUCGAGCAGAAAGAAGGCGAGAACUUGGUAUUGAAGAGUCUCUUCCAGAGAUAGCAGCAAAUAAAAAUCAGGACUCCGGAUCUGAUAAUCAUAUAAACACGGUCAGCCUCAAAGAAGCAUUGGAAAGAUUUGAUCACAGCGGUACACCUUCUGCUUCCUCCAGGAGUUCGAGGAAAUCUUCGCAUACUGCAGUCUCAGAUCCAUCAUCAACGCCAACAAAGAUGACAAUGGACACUAGCACUCCUCCAAGACAAAACUUAUCUGGUCAUGAAAAGACUGCACCAAGGAGGUCAUCACUUAGUAGUCAGUCCUUAAACGCCCAGUCUGUUGGACAACCAUUACCACAGCCAAUGAUGUCUCAACCUGCAACUUUGCAGAUCCAGCCAGGCAUGUCCCAGCCUAUGUUCCAGUUCUCAGCCCAAUUGGGAGCCAUGCAGCACCUAAAGGACCAGUUGGAGCAAAGAACACGAAUGAUAGAGGCAAAUAUUCAUCGGCAGCAAGAAGAGUUGCGUAAGAUUCAAGAACAGCUUCAAAUGGUCCAUGGUCAAGGGCUUCAGAUGUUUUUGCAGCAAUCAACUCCUGGAUUAAACUUUGGUUCUGUGCAGCUUACUUCUGGGAACUCUUCUAACAUUCAGCAGCUUACACCAAUAAACAUGCAAGGUCAAGUUGUUCAGGCUAAUCAAAUUCAAGGCGGAAUGAACACUGGGCAUAUUAGUACUCAGCACAUGAUACAGCAACAGCCUUUGCAGAGUACAGCAACACAGCAUACUCAGCAAAAUAUACUUAGUGGGCACAAUCAACAGACUUCUCUUACCAGUCAGUCACAGAAUACACUUUCAGCCCCCUUAUAUAACACUAUGGUGAUUUCCCAGCCAACGACAGGAAAUGUGGUCCAGAUUCCAUCUAGUUUACCACAAAACAACAACCAGAGUGCUGCAGUAACUACUUUCACCCAGGACAGACAGAUCAGAUUUUCUCAAGGUCAGCAGCUUGUCACAAAAUUAGUCACCGCCCCUGUAGCAUGUGGAGCGGUAAUGGUCCCAAGCACUAUGUUUAUGGGGCAGGUGGUGACUGCCUACCCCACUUUUGCUGCACAACAGCAGCAGCCACAGACAUUAUCAAUAACGCAGCAGCAGCAGCAGAAUCAGCAAGAGCAGCAACAGCAGCUCAGUACGGUUCAGCAAUCGGCUCAAGCUCAGCUGACGCAGCACCCGCAGCAGUUCUUACAGACAUCCAGGCUACUUCAUGGAAAUCAAUCAACUCAGCUUAUUCUCUCUGCUGCUUUCCCACUACAACAAAGCACUUUUACUCAAUCACACCACCAGCAGCAUCAAUCUCAGCAGCAGCAGCAACUCUCACGACAUAGAACUGACAACAUGAUUGAUCCUUCCAAAGUUCAGCCACAGUAGCACGGGGAUUCACUUCUUCUAGAAGCAAACAGCAGGGAGGAGCUGCUCCAUAAACAGUUGCACUGAUGAUAGUAGAGGUAGAAGUCCAAAGGCUUUAUAAAGUACAGUAUUGAGGUCUACUUCUAACUUCUGGGAAUCUGUUUGCAGAAGAAACUACUACAAAAUGUUGUGGAGGGACCUUAGAUACAAACAGCAAAAAGAUAACAGGGACAUGGCCAACUUUGACAGUCUUUUAGUUGUCCCAAUUUCUGUGUUCUAAAGGAUGUGCUACCACGUAAUAACUUGUCCAGAUCAAGUCUCAAACCCUCAAUGAACCGAAAAAGGUACUAAAAAUGUUGGUAUCUUUAGCAGUCCUGUAAGUUUGUCAAAUGUGACCAUGGACACACAGUUGCUCACAAUAAUGCUACAAAUACAGUCCAAAAGACAUUAAAUUUUUUUUUUUCAGAUGAUUAUGGGACAAGUAAAUAUUUUCAAAAUGUUGUGUGGAAUCAGAUUCUGUAUUGUACAGAUGUAAAAUAAUGUGUAUAUGUCUGGAUAAAAGGAGAGAGAGCAAAAAUAUUUUAUAUGAUGCAUGAAAAUGUAAUCUUGUUGUUUGUAGGUUUGAAUGUUUCCCUAAAUUCUCACACCAUGCGCCGACUAAUAUUUUCCUCUGUUCUACCCUUUUGUUUACAACAUGAUGCAUCAUAAUUUUCACCCUUAA